UUAUUGGAAAUGUAAAUAUGGAGCUUCGAAGAAAGAAGUAAAAACUGGAUUUGUUGUCGUUUACAUUAUUUAUUUCUUUCAUAUAAAUUCAUAUAAAUGCAAGUGAAGGAAGCUCCUUUUGAUUCCAAUCAUUAAAAGUAAACGGAUGGCACCAAAAUGGAAUCUCAUCCACUAAACUUGGCACAUCAGCAACAUCGUCGUGCUGAAGCUCACUUGAAGAAUCACAGAUAUGAUGAAGCAAUGCAAUGUCAUCAAAGUGCUGCGGAACUUCUUGUUGAUGCAAUGAAGUUAACGACCUCUACUUUGGCUUUAGAGGCUAUUACGCUGCAACACAGCUAUCACUUAAAACAAAAAGAUUUAAUAAAGUACAAAAAAGAGCAAUAUGUCAGAGUUAAAAAAGCCAUGGAUACAAUUAAGCGGUUAGGAAAAGAACCAAUAUCUAAUCUUCAAGGUCAUGACUAUGCUCAACUUCAAAUAGCAAUUUACAGAGCAAUCAAUGAAACUGACUCCUUACUUCAUAUUUUGAGAACAACUGAUGAGACUUCUGAAACUGGAACUUCAGAAGAAAUAUUGACUAAGGAUGUUGUUGAUGGGAAACGAACAGAAAAAACUCAAGCAACUGCAGUAGAAGAGUUGACAAUACUAAGUCAAAACCUACACUCACUUGUGGAACAACUUGUUUUACAAGUUGAAGUACUAAAAGAUGAAAAUGCUACUUUGAAAGAAAAAGUUAAUUAUUUAGAAAAAGAAAGGGCAAAAUAUUUGAAUCUUGGCAUGUCCAGUAAUGAUUUAUCUUUUAAUUUUACUUCACUAAGUAUAUCAAAUGAUAUUUCUAAUGAGGUUAAUGAAAGACCAUUAAUUUUGAAACCAUUUGAAGAUAACAAAACUUGAUUAAGAGUUAAAAUACUUAUACUGGGUAAAUAGGUGAAUAGUUGAUAAUAUGAAAAUCAGUCAUCAGAUUUAUGUAAAUUAUAAUAUUAGCAAAUGUCUGCUGACAUGUAAAUUGGUCGCUUGUAAAUUAUAUAUUUUUAGUAUGUUUGCCUUAAUUAAAAAAACUAGUAUUUAUUCAUAAUUCUAUACAAUUUCAUAAGUUAUAGUGACAAUAUUACAUUCUUUUCUGAUUUCUGAAAAAGGAUAAUGUAAAAAAUAUACAUCAAAAAGCUGAAGGUGCAUAGUGAUUAUUCAUCAAUACCAAGGGACAUUGUCAAUAUCUGAGGUAAAUAGCAUGCCAUUGCUUAUUGCUAAGGUCUCCUCAAAACUUAUUUGAAAAAAGGCUAUGUAAUAGAUCUGCAUAAAAAUAUUUGAUCUACAGCUUAGUGGUAUAUAGUAAGAAUGAUCUCUAGAAAAACUUCUGUUCUAAUUAUUACUAAGAUUGUUAUUAUUUUUUCAAAUUAAAGUUUGUUU